AUGGGGGGUGACCCGUCUCGUAGGAAUCAGAAUUUGUAUAGUACCUAUCACAAGGAUAAGGGGUAUACUAUCGAGCAAUGCCGGGUGUUAAAGAAUCAUCUUGGGCAAUUGGUGAAGGCGGGAUAUCUAAAGGAGUUUGUGGCAGAUACAGGGAAUAGGGAUGCCGGGCAAGGUACUCAGCAAAGAGGGAACCCUCUCCCUCCCCCAUUAGGAGUGAUCGAGGUUAUCCAUGCUGCCCUAAGGGGUACUGCAAUGGCCGGGAGGAGAGGAGCGUUGACUGUAGUGCUUGUGAAAAACAGCUUGGGCAAGCAGCCACCUGAGAAGAAGCUAAAAGUUGUUCAGGAGCCCAUCGCUUUUAACGAUGAUAAUUUAGAAGGACCAAUUCAGCCACACGAUGAUGCAUUGGUGGUGACAGCCUGGAUAAAGGGUUUCAUAGUAAAGAAGGUAAUGGUGGACCAAGGAAGUAGGGCCGAUGUGAUGUAUCUAGAUCUGUUUAGAGGGCUCGAACUGAAGAAGGAGGUCCUCUCAAAAUACGAUACGCCCCUGGUCGAGUUUGAUGGUCAGGUGGUGAUUCCCGAGGGGCAAAUAUCAUUUCCUGUGAAUAUGGAAGGAAAGGAAGUGUCAGUGGUUUUUGUAGUUGUUGCUUCGUUUUCUCCUUAUAUGGCUAUUCUGGGAAGGCCAUGGAUCCAUGCGAUGGGGGCAGUUCCCUCCACCCUGCAUGUGAAGGUUAAAUUCCGUAUCGAGUAG